CGGUUUUACAGUUCCGGCGUUCUGAUUGGACAGUUCUCCGUCCCGUGGAGCAGCCGGAGUGGGUGGGGCUGCGGCCUACUCGCUGUUUUCAAUCCCUUGUCGGGUGAGCAGGAAGAGAACAACGGAUCGCUGAGCGGUGAGCAAUGCCAGAACACUCUGAUGUCAGCUUGUCUCCUGAGGAACGUGUACGGGCUCUCACCAAGAAGGGCAGCUCAGUGGACGUAACCGAUGAUGUCCCUCCACGAAGAUACUUCCGUUCCGGAGUAGAAAUCAUUCGCAUGGCUUCAGUUUACGUAGAUGAAGGCAACUUGGAAAGUGCAUUUGUUCUCUACAACAAGUAUAUCACGCUAUUCUUGGAAAAGCUACCAAAGCAUCGGGAUUAUAAAACCAGUGUAAUACCGGAGAAGAGAGAAACCAUCAAAUGUUCCUUGCAACCUUGUAAGUGCAUCUUUGAAAGGGAAGAGCUGAAGGGUAUAAAACAUUGGAUUUUCUUUUUCUCUGUGGACCAGAAACUGAAAGAGAUUGCAUUUCCAAGAGCUGAGCAGCUGAAGAGUGAGCUUCUCCAGAGGUACGCUGUCGAAUAUGCUGAGCAUCAGGAGCUACAGCGUAGGGAGGCUGAGAAAUUUGCCCAGGAGCUGGCCCGGCAGCAGGAGUUGGAAGACGAAAAGCAGCGCGUAGCACGGAUGCGCCAGCAGCAAGCGGAACAGGAGCAGUUCCAUGCCUUCGAGGAGAUGAUCAGACGCAAGGAUCUGGAGAAAGAGAGGCUGAAGGUGCUGGAGGAGUACGCGAAACCUGAAAAUUCCCCCCUGUCCAAAGACUUCCCCCUGAUACCAGGUGUUCAGGGACCACCGGAUAACCUUCCUCCUGCUUCACCCGCUGCAGCUCUCCCAAAUGUAGCCCCACCUGUCGUAGAUCGCUCAAAGAAACCUACAACAUUUGGAACCAAUUGGAACAAUUUUUCGGCAGACAGACUACGGAAUGUGGUGGUACCCAAGAGCUUAUGUCAGCAAUUUCUCCAACUCGCUGAGGCCAACACUGCCCGAGGAGUGGAGACCUGUGGCAUUCUCUGCGGCAAACUGAUGCAGAAUGAAUUCACUAUAACCCAUGUGCUGGUGCCUAAACAGACUGCAGGUCCCGAUUACUGUAACACGGAGAAUGAAGAGGAACUCUUCCUGAUUCAGGAUCGAGAUGACCUCAUAACCUUGGGCUGGAUCCAUACUCAUCCCACCCAGACUGCAUUCCUGUCCAGUGUGGACCUUCAUACCCACAGCUCCUAUCAGAUCAUGCUUCCAGAGGCCAUAGCUAUUGUUUGUUCACCCAAAUAUCAUGAGACUGGCUUUUUCAGACUGACUGACCACGGCAUGGAUGAAAUCUCUUUCUGUAAGCAGAAAGGCUUUCAUCCACAUCCUAAGGAUCCACCCCUGUUUAAUGCAUGUUCACAUGUCUCUGUAAUAGAGACAAAUGUUACAGUGCUGGACCUUCGGUGAUCGAUGCCUCGUGUCCUGACCGUCUUUAGUUUUCGUAGAAACCACUAAACAUGAUGUCACGGUCUGGAGUACCCUAGGCCGAGGACUCUGCAACUCUAACCCUUCCAGAUUUGCGUCACUUUGUUUAAUUGAGGAGUUCUCCAUUGACUUUAAUCUGUCUAAAUUACAACUUAAUAUAUUGUCAGAUCUAAACUUGGUCUUGUACAGAAAGUGGGAGCGCCUUUCAUUUAAAAGCCCGCAUUGCUGCACUUCAACCAAUGAAACUUGGGAGAUGAAGUUAGGUGCCUCGUUGUUAGUUUUUUUUGUUAAUUCUCACUGCACUUUGACUUUUGUUAACUUUAUUGGGCUCAACUAUUGUUGCUUUGCACAUCAAUAAACCAAGUUUGGCCAUUUGG